AGGAAAGUUCGCAUCCCGUAUUGCGGUGGGAGGAGUGGCCCGGUGUCGGUUAUGUCUUAUAAACAUCAAGUUCAUUACAGUCCACGGAACACGUCGCGCAUGGACUUGCUAGGUAUUUGGUUUGCCGUCUUCGAUGAGUUAACAGUUAUAUACAGGUUUGAAAUGGUUUCUGUAAAUAUAAUAUAGGUUGCACAGUUGUAUAAGGAAAAGAACAUGGCUUAAUGCGUCGGAAUAAACGUCAAGAUCAGAGCAGAAAUGGCCCUAAAGUUUUCCUAAUUCGAAUUUUUACCUGAGUCAGAAUUUACCGCAACGCUCUCUGAACUACCACCAACAGCGGUCUUUAUUUAGACAACAGUAGUCCUACUGUACACAUUUGCUUUGGAGUACUUUUAUAUCUAGAUAGCUGUUCCAAGAGUGGAGAAUGGAGACAGGUAAUUGUCGUAUGAAUGGCGGUGGGGGACUUGACGGUAUCGGUGGAGGCGGCGACGAUUCCUCAAAUGGUAUGAUCACGCUAGAGGACCUGGAAUCUUUUUCGGAAGACCAGCUGUCAGAUUCGGGCACUGGGAGUCUGGAAGAGGCGGGUGAGACGAUCGAGGACGAAGAGCAACAAGACGGAUUGCUGCGCUACUGGCAGGACGCCGCACGGGGACACCAAGUGGAAGUGCCUCGAGACAUGGCUGAGCCCAUCCAGCAGAUUACCAGCAACAACAACGGCCAACACGACCGGGAGCACGUGCCCUUCACCCUCAUCGCGCGUAAGGAAAAGUGUGGAGACAUGCUCUAUGAGAAGAGACACUAUGAGAAGGCCCACUGGGCGUGUAUCACGGUUCAUGAGGACACCUACGAGCAGAGCAUCUGUUACGGCUUCAUGAAACUCAUGAGAUACAUCUGCCAGCAGAACUCCUCAGGUAGCUAUCUGGGUAUGACCAUCCCUAUCCUGACUGUGAUCCGUACGGACGAGAACCACUCGGUCUUAUCCAGGGACGUCACUGUGGCCUACUACCUGCCCACAGAAUACCAAGUCCAGCCACCUCUGCCUUCUGACACUGAAAUAAGCAUUGAGGAAUGGCCUGCCACCAUUGUAUACACAAGGUCCUUCACUGGCGCCACAAACGAGGUGACCAUCAUUAAUGAGAUCAACGCCAUGGCGGAAAUGCUGGACUCCCCUGCCAUGCAUGUGAAUGACUCGUUCAUCGUGGCCGGCUACACCAACCCUGCGGUGGCGAACCGACAGAAUGAGAUUUGGUUCCUGGAGCGGCCUUGAGGGUCAGCCUAACCUUGGCCCAUCCUCCUAAACCUGACCCACCCAACACCCCCGUCCUCAUCCCAUCCUACUGAUUCACCCCUUCCUGCUCUAGAGAGAAGAGACAUAGGGGCUUUGCUGAAAAGGGCCUUUAUUACUAGUCCUGUGCGAGGCUGCAUCCUUUGGGUCCAUGAACACCUUUACGAUAGGGCAUCUAGUCUAGAUAUUUUACUCUGCUGUUUUCCUCACAUAGUUGGGGCUUGACAUUCACUUCUUCUAGUCACUUGUCAUUCGGACAAGUAGGACAGAUUUUUCUUGUACUUGUCCCCCCCCCCAAAAUGGCCCGCAACACUAUUUUUUACAUCAUUGUAUGAUGCAAGGAACCACUUUACAAAAUAAAAUGGAGAAUCAGACAAAAAUGUAGGAAACCAUCUAUUGGCUUCUUUGCCUGUCUCAAAAUACAACACUGCCCCUUUUUAAGGCUCUCCUGGAGGAUAGUUGGCCACCCUUAGCCUAUAAAAUAUUGCAACGUUACAACUACAACCAAAUACUUUGUCUUCAUAAAAAUAACUCCCUUUGCCAAUAAGGUAGACUACGUCAAAGCAAAGUAACUAACAAAUAUGGGAUAUCUUUUGACCCCGUGUGAGUUAUUUGUCAAUGAGGCUAUUCUAAUAAUAUUUUGAACAUUGUCAGAAUGACAUGGCCAAUGUUUAAUAGAGGGGGGAAUCCCAGCUCACCAACUGUCAGAUGUAUUUCUCACAAUGUUGAGCGCUUGAUAGGUUUUACAACAUGGUUAUGUAGCAUUGCUUUACUAAUGCACCCGUUCAUCAAUGUUGCACUGGAGUGCCGGUGACAUGACAUUAAUGCACGCUGAAUAGUUAGUUACAGAAAACUAGCCAGGCUAAACAAGAUGUUUUGAAUUGGCUAUGUAGUUUUAGUCUGUCUGUCGUUAUUAAAGGUUACCUCGCUGCUAUAAUGUCUGUCUGUCCAUGGGCCUGCUCACCCACGCAGGUGAUUCACACACCAUGACUUUUCCAGGAUUUUAAUGACCGUACCCUGUUUGCUGACCAAAAUGAGCUAUAACUGGGUAAAAAAUGUAAAAUAAACUAGCAAGGAAUAUCAACAAAUGUGCACGCUCGUGCCUGUCAAUGCAAUACAAUUCUACUCAGAUGCGAACAGUGCAAAACAUCGCAUACGGAAGACACUUGUUUGAUAGUGAUUUGUGAUAUUUUUUUACUUGUCCAUUCGGACAACAAAUCUAUAUUCUGCUUGCCCAACUUUUUAUUUUACUUGUCCUGGACAAGCGUUAAUGUUGAGCCCUGAUAGUCUUGACGACCUCCGAAGGGUGAGGAGUCAUGUGACGUUUACUUGAUGUUUUGUGAGAAGUGGAUGGAUAUUAGAGCCAUGCCUCUAGAGAGUUGGGCCAACUGUUAGGUUGUAAAAUAUCUUUCUAAUUCUAGAUAUUCAGUGACAUAGCGUUGUUUAAAUAUUCCCCAUGUCAUUUGAAUGGGGACAGCUAACAUGGCUGCCAUAGAAUGUUGAAUAUUGUUCUAAAUUCUAGACAGUGACAUGGUGUUUAGAUAUUCCCCAUGUCAUGUGGAUGGGGACAGCUAACAUGGCUGCCAUAGAAUGUUGAAUAUUGUUCUAAAUUCUAGACAGUGACAUGGUGUUUAGAUAUUCCCCAUGUCAUGUGGAUGGGGACAGCUAACAUGGCUGCCAUAGAAUGUUGGAAUAUUGUUCUAAAUUCUAGACAGUGACAUGGUGUUUAAAUAUUCCCCAUGUCAUGUGGAUGGGGACAGCUAACAUGGCUGCCAUAGAAUGUUAGUGUCAUGUAAAUGCAUCAAUGCAGAAACCUCAAUGUCCCAUCUCUCUAAAUACAUGGUUCUGGUGGAUCCUAAUUAUUGCGCCAGUCACACUGUAAACCUUGAAGAACUGGAAUCCUUACCAGGUUAUUAACAAUCCUGAACGAUAACUGCUAUUCCAGUCUGCUUUAGGGGGGGAUAAGUGCAGUCUUCACCAUGGUAACUACCACCGUUUAGACAAUUUAAUGCGAUAGGAGGGUGGAUUUAUUCGUUAUGAAGUGUAAGUAAAUUGUGUCACUCUGUGUCAAUGAAAAACACUGAACAUGACACAGACAAACACCGGAUAAAUUAAACAGCCAACAGUCUGAAUGUAUAAGCAUGGUGAGACAGAGAAAAUACGUAUUACUACAAACCAAAAUCACUUACCUUUUUGUUAUAUGACAAUCGAGCAGCUAUCUGCAGCGUACUACACUUUUCUAUGCUCUGAGAGUCAAUGCAUUCCUCAUUCUUAAAGCCAUGAUGUUCACAAACGACCUAAUUGUCUCUUUACCUAAUGUUCCUAUCCAGACAUUGUUGUGUGUCCGUGUGUGUGUACUAUUCGCAAGUUACCUGACACUGAUGACGAGAAACAAGUAACAUUGAAAACAGAGUAAAAGCAUGGAGCAGUGUGAUGGAGCUGCCUAUCAUAUACACAGUUAUAUUUGUUUAUCUGAGUAAGAAAAGUGAUUUAUUAGUCCACAGCAUUAGGGUUCUAUACCCCAUUUUAGCAAAAAUCCAUUAGAGCUCAAAAUAACAAGAGAUACUUAUCUUCCAAAUAUUUUGUAAUGAAACCAAUUACUAAAGAGGAUGAAUUUAGCAUAAGAAAAGUGAUGUAUCAUAAUCUAUUUUGUUGACUCAACAAUACAUAGGAAAGUUCAAGCUCUAUCAGUUGUUUUAAAGGAGAAUAGGCCAUUAUUGCUCAACACCGGGCUGUAUAUUGAAGUAGCUGUGACAACACCAGUCACAGUAUGUCAGGUAACUGUACUUUGCCAAAUAAUCACUGUGUAAAGUCGUUCAGGAGAUCAUCUUUCUCAUCGCCCUGUGCGGCUUAAUGACCAGUCAUAACCAUUAUUUGACCAUGUACCGUAUUCAGCAUCAUGUAAACAAACAGCAUCUCAAUCACUUAAAUCGCCAAGUCCAGUUUGAAAGUAGUACACAGAAACUGUCGUCCCCAUGACUUCAUGAUCAGUGUAGUGAUAUAACGCGCGCCUUUUAACCGAAUUGUUUCAGUGGUGGUUAGUCUUAACUGUUUGGCCUCUGCAGCUUUUUACACUUUAGGUUAGUUGUUUUCCUGCCCGUAAUCAGCGCUGACGUAGGAUGUAACGUUAGUUCUAAAUGUGAUGUAGACACCACGUAGGAUGUAACGUUAGUUCUAAAUGUGAUGUAGACACCACGUAGGAUGUAACGUUAGUUCUAAAUGUGAUGUAGACA